AUGACCUCACGACUGAACAGCUCUGAGCUGUGGCUUGCCACGAAAGAAGAUAAGUGUGUCCUACAAACUCAUAAAUCGCGUCAAAAUUGCGUCGCAUAUUGUCUCAUGAUCACUCCUAAAGAUAUCAGCCAACCCCAGCAGCUCGAGAUGACGUCGCCCUCGGUACCGGUACCCUUUUCUGAGCCGCCAUGGCUCAUGGGGCAGGCCUCUCCCUAUUACUCCGAGUCUCAUCGGAAAUGGCAAAAGACGUGUCGUGACUUCAUCUCGGAGCACCUCACUCCCUAUGCCCUGGAUUGGGAGACCGAGGGCGAGGUCCCAGCGCAUGUCUUUCAGACCUUCACCAAGCACAACAUGCUGAUCCCUAACCUGCCCGCUCCUCUGCCCAUUCAAUUUCUCAAAGAUGCGGGUAUCACCGAGCUUCGCGGCGGACUGAAGAUCGAAGACUUUGACUACUUCCAUUUCCUCAUCUAUGUGUCUGAGAUGCGACGACUCGGAAUCCACGGCCCAAGCUCGUCAUUAACAACGGGUACUGCCUACGGGAUGCCUGUCAUCAUCACAUACGGUAGCCAAGAGCUCAAGCAGCGUAUCCUCCCCGAUCUUCUCAGCGGCAAGAAGAGGAUCUGCAUUGCGAUCACCGAGCCGGGCGCAGGCAGCGACGUUGCCAACGUGUCCGCCACGGCCGAGAAAAGCCCCUGCGGGAGAUACUACAUUGUCAAUGGGGAGAAGAAGUGGAUCACGAACGGAAUUUGGUCGCACUACGCGACCAUGGCCGUCCGCACGGGUGGUCCUGGAAUAAGCGGGCUCUCGCUGCUCGUGGUGCCUCUGCUUGGACAGGACGGUGUGACGAUGCGCAGGAUGAAGACCUCGGGCGGGACGACUAGCGGAACCACCUUUAUCGACCUCGAGGACGUCAAAGUGCCCGUCGAGAACUUGAUUGGCAAGGAGGGCCAGGGCAUGAAGAUGAUUACACGAAACUUCAACCACGAGCGGCUCGCUAUUUCCAUCGGCGUUUGCCAGAGCGCCCGGGCCGUGCUCUCCGAGGCCUUCGGCUACGUCUUGAAACGGGAAGCCUUUGGAAAGCCGCUCAUAGACCAGCCGGUCGUGAGGAACCGCUUGGCCAAGUGCGGGGGAGAACUGGAAUCUCUCUGGGCCUGGAUCGAGUCCCUGGUCUAUCAAAUGUCGAGCUCCAGAGAAGGGCACGGACGGGAGGAGCUCGGCGGUUCCCUGGCGCUCUUGAAGGCGAGGUCGGGCAUGGUGCUCGACAAGUGUGCGAGAACCGCAGUCCUGCUGCUUGGCGGCAAUGGAUAUACCCGCACGGGGCAGGGCGAGUUGGUGGACAAGAUUUACCGCGAGGUCCCGGGUGCACGAGUACCAGGAGGAAGCGAGGAUGUCAUGCUGGACUUGGCUAUCCGCCAGCUAGUCAAGGGCUUUCAGGCCAAGACCAGGGCGCUAGAGACCGCAAAGUUCAUGAUGUCACAGUUACGCUUUGACGGACAGGUCGCCAUCGUCACAGGCGCCGGAGGCGGACUUGGCAAGGCUCAUUGUCUCUUGCUCGCCUCGCGGGGAGCCUCUGUCCUUGUCAACGAUGUUUCGGCCCAAGCCGCCGACAACGUGGUCCGUGAGAUCACGCAAGCUGGAGGGAAAGCUGCCGCCAACCACCACAGCGUCCUUGACGGGCAACAGAUUAUCCAGGACGCCGUUCAAAAGUUUGGCCGGCUCGACAUCCUUAUCAACAAUGCCGGCAUCCUGCGAGAUGUCAGCUUCAAGAACAUGACAGACAAGCAUUGGGAGGAUAUAGAUGCGGUCCACGUCAAGGGCACGUUCAGGUGCACUCAAGCCGCCUGGAAGAUUUUCCGCAAGCAAAAGUACGGCCGCAUCAUCAUGACCUCGUCCGCCUCGGGCCUGUUUGGCAACUUUGGCCAGUGCAACUACGCGGCCGCCAAGCUUGGCGUCUAUGGCCUGGCUGAGACGCUGGCCAAGGAGGGCGCCAAGUACGACAUUCUUGUCAACGCCGUCGCGCCGGUCGCCGCGAGCCAGAUGACCGCAACCAUCAUGUCUGCCGAAAAGCUCCGGUACCUCGAUCCUGCAUACAUCUCUCCGCUCGUGGCUUAUUUGGUCCAUCCUUCCAACAAGGAAAACGGAUCCGUCUUUGAAGUCGGAGCUGGGCACGUCUCCAAGUACCGGUGGGAGCGAUCGCCGGGUGCAGUCCUGAAGUGCGACGAAACGUUUACGCCGGGAGCAGUGCUGAAGCGAUGGGCGGACGUCAAUGACUUCUCGAAACCCGAUCACCCGACGAGCACUGCGGACAUGGCAGCUCAUCUUGCUGCGGCCUCAAGGCAGAGUAGAAACGAUCCGGGGGAGGACAUUCGAUACGAUGGUAAAGUCGCGGUUGUUACCGGAGGUGGAGCAGGCAUUGAGCUUGCGAGACGGGGUGCUGCCGUUAUUGUCAACGACCUUGCCAACCCCGACAAAGUGGUGCAGGAAAUUCUUGCAUUUGGAGGGAAGGCGGUUGGGAACAACUCGUCGGUCGAAGAUGGAGCUGCAGUAAUCAAGACAGCGAUCGAUAACUUUGGUCGGGUUGAUAUUCUGAUCAACAAUGCUGGCAUCCUGCGCGAUAAGGCAUUCCACAACAUGACCGAGAAGCAAUGGGACGACAUCGUCAACUGUCAUCUUCGAGGUACCUAUGCUUGUACCAAAGCUGCCUACCCGCACAUGGUCAAGCAAAGAUACGGACGCAUCGUCAACACAAGCAGCACCAGUGGGAUCUACGGGAACUUUGGCCAAGCCAACUAUGCAACAGCAGUAAGUGUCUCGAUGCACAUGGCCGUGAGCGCAGGUACUGACGGUCCUGCCCAGAAAAUGGCCAUCCUUGGAUUCUCUCGGGCCUUGGCCCAGGAGGGAGCAAAGUACAAUAUCUUCGUCAACACGAUUGGUCCAUCCGCCGGAACGCAACUCACUGCGACGGUGCAUAGCGAGGAGCUCGUCAAGGCACGCAGGCCCGAGUAUGUCGCACCUCUAGUCCUCGCUCUGUGCUCUGAUAUGGUCCAGCCAAACCCGACCGGAGGUCUGUAUGAGGUGGGCUGUGGCUGGCAAGGACGGACUCGGUGGCAGCGCUCCGGAGGCGUCACGCUCGACGUCGACCAGUUCACACCCGAGGCGAUCCAGUCUCACUGGGGUAGAAUAAUUGACUUUGACGACGGACGUGCCGACAGCCCCGAGACGCCCGAGGAUGGGCGAAAGAACAUCAUGGGCAUUGUUGGACGCCUUAUGUCGACUACGUCGAAGGCGCCUUCCAACCCGUGGCUCGCGGCCAUCAAGGCAGCCAAGGAGUUCCAACAGCCGGCAUCCGAGCAUACUUACAACGACAGGGAUACCAUCCUGUACAACAUUUCGCUCGGCGCUACUAGCGAUCAGCCAAGCUUGGUCUACGAAGGGGAUCCCAAUUUCCAGGUCCUGCCGACGUUUGGUGUCGUCAUCCCUCCCGCACCUUCGAAAGGGUUCGACAUGUCCAAGAUAGUGCCAAACUACUCAUACAAGAUGGUUCUUCACGGCGAACAAUACCUUGAGAUUCGCAAAUGGCCUAUUCCUACCUCGGCCCGCGUGCGCUCUCGUCUGAAGCUGGUGGACGUUCUCGACAAGGGCAAGGAUGCUAUCAUCAUCACGGGCAGUACUAUCGAGGACUGCCAGACCGGAGGGGUCUUGUUCUACAACGAGACUACGCUUUUCGCUCGGGGAUCGGGAGGCUUCGGCGGUCCUAGGACCCGUGCCGACGGAGCCUCGGCCACUGCUUCGCCCCCGAUGAGACGGCCUGAUUUCAUCGCCAAGGUCAAUACAGAGAAGGAUCAAGCCGCGAUCUACCGCCUGAAUGGUGACAGGAACCCGCUUCACAUUGACCCUGCCGUCGCCCAUGCGGCAGGAUUUAACAGUGGACCCAUCCUCCAUGGGCUGUGCUCCUUCGGUCUCACGGGCAAGGCCCUCUUGAGCCACUACGGGCCCUUCAGAAACAUGAAGACAAGGUUCUCUGCCAAUGUGUUCCCCGGCCAGACUUUACAGGUCGAGAUGUGGAAAGAGGACCGAGUCAUCCUGUUUCAGACAAGGGUCCAAGAGACGGGCAAGCUAUGUAUCAGUAACGGAAGAGCCGAGCUACUGGGUUCGGGUCCAAGACUGUGA